CUGUAGAACUUAUUUUAAAUUUUGCAAUUCUUCAGUUUGGUUGUAAUUUCUGUUACUUGACAAGAUGAACAAUGCUUUUGCAGCAAAAAACUCUCGGUUCGUUUAAUGUGAAGAGGAUUGCGAAAGAACGGGAAUGGUCAAAACUGUUUUACGAAGACAACUUCCAAAAAUGCGUCAAGAUGUUUGUGCCGGUGUUGACUCUAGAAGGUGCACCACAUUGGUUUGGUGCCGAAGUUAAUAUGAAGUCCAAGUUGUCGACGUUGGACCUUUUGUUUGAGGAGAAUAGGUCGAAGAAUGUGACUUUCGUGGAUUUCGGAAUUGACAGGAAAGAUUACGGGCUUCCUCAACAAGACAAUGAUCGAGAUUGCGGUGUAUACGUCAUGAAGUACAUGGAGGCUGUGGCCAAUGAGGAAGAAGUAGUUGAUCAGGUAUACCACUGUUUAGUUAUUUCGGAAUGUACUACGCAAGUUUGAUUGAGAUUAACGUUAUGUAAUUUAAAUUUUAUUUGGUGUUGUACUGUCAAGUUGAUUAGAGUUAAUUACAUUUUGUAAGUUUUUGUUUUUGUUUUUGUUUCUGUAUUGUCCCACAGUUUCACCAGGUUGAGGCAUGUUUGGAAAUCGCUGCGAGGAUCAUAACUAAUGAACAAAAUGAAAUUCGUACCAUAGUGGUUGAAGAUCGUAGGGCUGCACAAGGCAGCUCAUUUGCAUCAUCCUCGGCCCCUUUGCGUAGUCCGUCAAAGUCUCCACGCGAUCCUCGGUUCAGUACAGCGAAGUCUCGCCAUGCAAUCAUGUUUCCCCCGUCAAGAGCCUCCCCUAGGUUUCAGUCUAGCAAGGCUAAGAUUUCAUAUGGUGAAUAGUCUGUAAAAAACACUUAUGUUAUUAAUAGGUUGUGUUAUUAGUGUGUUGUUUAGUUUGGAUUUGGGAGCAUUUGGAUUUAGACAUCUGUUUUUAUUAGUUCACGUUUGGAACUGGUUAUUAUGUUGAUAGACUUGUGUUUAUCUUAGUUUUGAGAAUAUAUUAACUUUGAGAUUGCACCAUACUUAGCAAAUCUUUGUAGUCACACCAUAACAACUCUUACAAUGUACCCAUACUUGAGAAGUACUUGAUUGUACUUCACA